ACUCUUUCCUUUGAAUCACAAAUUCGUUUCACAAGAUGUAUGAAUCGUUGCAAGGGGGUAAAAUUUCACAUCAAAUUUUGAACCACAGAAAAGAGCGGAGACCAAUAAUUUUUUUGUUGUAUGUACGCUUAAUUAAGCUCUGAAAGAUGAGCUAAAUAUCAGUUGAUUUCAAGAUCUUAUAUAUUUUAGUGGCGGUGGUCCCCUACAGAAAUUUUAUGAAAAUUAUUAUUAUUUUUAAUUUUUCACCCUGUCGAACAAUUUUUCUAUUAUUUUUGAGAUCUCCAGUCGAUAGAGCUUGAAAAACUACGGUUACGAUUAAAAAUUGACGUUGCGGCAGGCUUUCUUCAUCAUCAUGGUAGACAAAUAUGGAGAGAAGGGUCGAAUUUUCUGCCAGGAUCCCUACUUUUUUCCAGAAGUUACAUUUUUUCGAUGUAAAAACUUAAUAUUCGCAGAGAACUCAUCAUUAUCAGUUAGAGGAAAUCAUUUUACACUAAAGUUUAUCGUUUCGCUAUUCUAUGAGAGUACAAACAAUGAAAAAUAGGGUAAAGGGAGUGGUUCAGGCUUUAUAAGGAAUAAAGGAAUGUUCGGAGCACUUCUUAUGAUAUUCGUAAUCAGCACCCUUAAAUCUACUAUUACAUCUCGCUUUGGCUCGUGAUAAAACGAAUUUUGUUUUCGAUGAUACCUGUGGGGUACCCUAGCCAAAAAAAUCGUCAAUGUCGAUUUUCGGGGAACAAAGUUGAGAAAAGUGAUCAAGAAGGGUCCCUGAUUAAUACCUAAUAGAAAUAAUUCAAAUCUUAGAGGAGGGGCCGUAAAACGGCCUUAUCCGCCCUCCUCCUUUGAAACAGUGCUUUCCUCCAUUGAUUUCUAUUUGUUUCAUCGGACCUGACAUUGAUAAAUAAUUUCAAAUUCCACUUCAAGUUUGAAUUAAUGGCAACUUAGAUCCCAGUUGUUUUCUCUCUUGAGCUUGCUAGUGCAGUGAUGUUAUUAUAUAGUUUCAUUUUCAAACAGCAAUAAGUAAAGGCGCUAUCCGCUAUCAAGACUUCAUCGUGAUUAACUAGUUAUUUUGAGAGGCUAAUAUUUAAAAAAAACUAUCAUUAUUAUUCUAGGCAUGGCCAGUAUUUGGGAUAUAGACGACGACGGCAACACCAAUGACAAACCUAGUGAAAAACCAGAGCAAGCGCUUAUCAAGAAGGAUUCUGCUGCAAUAGCUAAUUUAUAUGAUUGCGAUGCUAUUAAGACGGAAACGAAAACUCUAUUCAAGUCUUUGGAGGUAUGUGAUGAAAUCGUUGUUACAGCCUUUAAGAUCACUGAUUAUAUCCCGACUCUCACAAACACGGAAAUGGCGGAAUUUUGGAAUUCUCAGAUUAUCCCGACACUGGUAAACAUUCUAAAGCAGGACGUAACAGCACGUUCAAUCGUCUGGCAGUCGUUUACUUCGAUUCGUAACUUGGCAAUUAGCAUAAACGAAGGUGCAGGAUUGGUCAUGCAGCUUAAAGGUUCUGCCAUUGCAAUUCAGAGUGCGCAAAAAACCAUCUCUGCUGCAUUUGCUAAUCUGGAAACCAGCAUUGACGCUGCAGGCAAACUGAGCAGCGAUAUAUUGGCCACUUUAGAGAGCAAACUUAAUAUUCUGUUCCGUAUUAUGGGACAAAAUAUGGCAGAUUAUAUCAGCAAAAAAGUUAAAAUUCAUCAGCAACUCCAAGAACAAUAUAAAAAGAAAAAGGAUAUGAUGGAUGAAAUCGAUAAGAAGAAAGAAUUGAUUGAAGUUUACAAUAACAUGAUACAUGUUACGGAAAGUAAAAUCAAAGGUGCAAAGGCAGCGAUGGAAGAAACUAAACGUCGAUCUCAGGAGCUUUCUUCACUUAAUGCACAAAUAGAGAAAACCAUUCAAGACAUUUCAUCUACGUAUGGCGUACUUGAAACAAGAACAUCCAGUCAGGGUUCAUUCAAGAAUUCGUACAUAAUACCAAAUCCAAAUCGAGAUAUUCAAAAGCAGUUUUAUGAAGCCAUAAUAAAAGAAAGAGUUGUUCGUAUUGAAGCUAAUAAAGCAGAAGAAAAUAAAAAACAGGUACUUCACGACGAAUUAAGUACUAGUUUGAGUGAGUACCAGGCUAAAUAUGAGGUCUCUCGUAUUAGUAUAAUAGAACACGAGAAAACUUUUCGUCAAAACAUGGACGGCAUUGAGAGAGAGAUUAAUUCUCUUAACAAGCAAUUGGAAGACAUUUACUUAACUGAAUCCAAGACUGCUGCUAAAAUGGGCCUACAAGGCGAAAAUCUUGAUAAGUUUUUGGAACUAGUUACUAGACUUAAAACAGAUAUCAAUCAAGGUACCAACGCUUAUAAGCCACUUGAAAGUCUACUAACAGCAACCAAAGCUAUGGUCGAGAAUCAGAUUCUUUUGCUCCAAAGUACAAACGAAACAGAUGUUUACGUUGCAGGAGCUCAGCUGCUGAUGAAAGUAGGAUGGUUAAAAGAAUAUCAUACUGCUUCGUGCGAACAAUUGGAAACAUCAGCAGAAUAUAAAGCCAUUACAACACUUCACACUACGGGAGCGAUUGAAAUGUCUCACAAGUAA